AUGGUAGCCGAGGCCUUGCCCAAGAGCCCCGAUGCUCCACUCGUACUUGGACUUCAACCAGCAGCUCUUAUCGAUUACGUCGCUCCCGUGCAAAAGGAUGAGUUAGAGCAUAUACUGAAAGAGGUUAAUACACAUAUCAGUGCGACUCCGUUUAAGAAGAUGGCUGGAGGAAGUGUGACCAAUACGGUUCGAGGCUUGAGUGUUGGUUUCGGUGUAGCCACGGGGAUCAUCGGGGCUUAUGGAGACGAUGAACAAGGCCAGUUAUUUGUGAGCAACAUGGGUUUCAGUGGUGUGAGUAUCUCAAGGUUGAGGAAGAAGAAAGGUUCUACUGCUCAGUGUGUUUGCUUGGUUGAUGACUCUGGUAAUCGAACAAUGCGGCCAUGUCUCUCGAGUGCCGUGAAGAUUCAGGCAGAUGAACUGAGCAAAGAAGAUUUCACAGGCUCUAAGUGGCUGGUCCUGAGAUAUGCAGUUCUUAAUUUAGAAGUAAUCCAAGCAGCCAUUCGAAUUGCCAAGCAAGAAGGUCUUUCUGUUUCCUUGGAUUUAGCUAGUUUUGAGAUGGUCCGGAACUAUAGAUCAGAGCUUCGACAGCUUCUGGAGUCUGGUAACAUAGAUCUUUGCUUUGCUAACGAGGACGAAGCAGCAGAGCUACUAAGGGGUGAGCAAGAAGCGGGCCCGGAGGCUGCUCUUGAGUUCCUAAGCAGACAUUGCAGAUGGGCUGUGGUAACUUUAGGGCCUAAAGGGUGCAUUGCAAAACAUGAUAAAGAGGUGGUACAAAUAGCGGCCAUAGGAGAGACAUUAGCAACUGAUGCCACUGGAGCGGGAGACCUAUUCGCAAGUGGGUUUCUGUAUGGAUUAAUAAAGGGAUUGUCUUUGGAAGAAUGUUGCAAUGUGGGAUCAUGCAGUGGCGGAUCGGUCAUCCGUGCUCUCGGAGGAGAAGUAACCCCAGAAAACUGGCAAUGGAUGCACAAACAGUUGCAGUUGAAGGACUUGCCUGUUCCUGACAUUCGCAACUGA